AUGACAGAAAUUGGGCAAGAUAAUCCAAUUGUUUUUUUAAAUACUUAUACACGAAUUUUUGAUAUCAAAGAUAAGUUUGAAUAUAGAUAUAAAUUAUGUAAUGACAAAUUUAUAUGUAGUUUGAAAUUUAAUAAUCAAUACUGGGAAUCAUCAGAGAAACCGGAAAAAAAAUUAGCAAAAGAAGAUGUUGCAAGAAUUGUUAUUAAAGAAUUAAUGAUUCACGUUCCGGAAAAAUUCAAACAAGUUGAUAGAUUAUUGAGAAAUACUGAAGCAAAUGAAUCAAAAAAUGAUAUACAAGCCAAUCUUGCUGGAGAAGGAAACAGUUGUAGUAGUGAAUCAAAGAAAGAUAAAGAAACUAGUCCUGCUGGAGAAAAAAUGUUGACAAAAUAUGAAAUAACAAAAAUUGGAAAAAAUUUAAAUCCAAUCAUUUUUUUGAAUACCUAUACAAAUAGGUUCGACAUUAAAGAUAAACUUCAAUAUGAAUUCAGAUCAUCCAAUAACAAAUUUACAUAUAGUUUGAAAUUUAAAGAUCAAUACUGGGAAUCAGUAGAGAAACAAAAUAAGAAACAAGCAAAAGAAGACGUUGCAAGGAUUGCUGUAAAUUAUUUAAUAACUCAAGAUCCUGAGAAAUGUGAACGAAUUUACAGACUUUUAAGAACUGCCAAGCCUAAUAUAAAAGCAAGUCUAAGGUAUCAAAACAAGUUAAAGCAACAAAAAAAGAAAUGGCAGGCUUUAUCAUUUCAAAAAAAUUCAUAA